AUGUUGCACCUAAACUCCAUUCCUGAAGUCUACGUUACGAAAGUUGCUCAGUGCGCGCAAGUGGCGCUAGGGUGCAGCCGUGCCGCCCACCAGACCGCACUCCGGGGUACCAUCAAGGCUAGUCCUCAGCUGGCCGCACUUACUCCAAAGGUUCGAGCGUUCGUAGAACGAAGCGCGGCUCUAUGCGAACCGGAACACGUGCAUAUCUGCGAUGGAUCCGAAGCGGAGGCGACUGCCUUGCUACAGCUCAUGCAGCAGCAAGGCACGCUUCGCCGUCUGCCCAAGUACGACAAUUGCUGGUUAGCUCGCACCGAUCCAGCUGAUGUGGCUCGUGUGGAAUCACGAACAUUUAUCUGUUCCGAAAAAGAGCGCGAUGUGGUACCAGCAGCCAGAGCCGGUCAGAAAUCUGCUCUAGGAAAUUACAUCACGCCAAUGGAUUACGAGAAGGCUAUCUCUGAGAGAUUCCCUGGUUGUAUGCGAGGUCGCACUAUGUAUGUAAUUCCAUUCUCAAUGGGACCAGUGGGCUCUCCAUUAUCCAAGAUUGGAGUCGAAGUGACAGACUCUCCUUACGUGGUGUACUCAAUGCGCGUCAUGACUAGAAUGGGUACACCAGUUUUGGACCUGCUACGCAAAGACGAACAGUUUGUCCGCUGUUUACAUUCUGUUGGCAAGUCGGGAGGAAUUCCAGGCUGGCCGUGCGAUCCUCCCAGAACAAUUAUCUUACACAAGCCUAGUGAUAAUGAGAUCGUCAGUUAUGGAAGCGGUUACGGUGGCAACAGCUUACUGGGGAAAAAAUGUUUCGCGCUGCGUCUAGGUUCAGUGCUGGCCCGUAAAGAAGGUUGGCUCGCGGAGCAUAUGCUGAUCUUGGGUAUCACAGAUCCAAAAGGACGUAAGCGCUAUAUUGCGGCCGCUUUCCCUUCGGCUUGUGGAAAGACCAACCUGGCCAUGAUGACGCCCACAUUACCAGGCUACAAAAUAGAGUGUGUUGGAGACGACAUUGCAUGGAUGAAGUUUGACAAGAACGGUGUCCUCAGAGCUAUUAACCCAGAGAACGGGUUCUUUGGAGUUGCUCCCGGAACCUCUAUUGAAACAAACCCGAUAGCGAUGGCUUCUAUCUUCCGCGACACAGUGUUCACUAACGUGGCAGAAACGAGCGAUGGCGGUGUGUGGUGGGAGGGCAUGGGGAAAGCUCCCGAGAGUUUAAUAGACUGGAAGGGUCAGCCUUGGGACCCUAGCAAGAAGACCUUUGCUGCCCAUCCUAAUUCACGAUUCUGCACGCCGGCGGAGAAUUGUCCGAUAAUCGACAGCGAGUGGGAGAGCGGCGCGGGCGUGCCGAUCUCGGCGCUGCUGCUGGGCGGGCGGCGGCCGGCCGGCGUGCCGCUGCUGCUGGAGGCGCGCGCCUGGCAGCACGGAGUGUUCCUGGGCGCCGCCAUGCGCUCCGAGGCCACGGCCGCUGCAGAGCACAGCGGUAAAGUGGUGAUGCACGAUCCGUUCGCGAUGCGGCCAUUCUUCGGUUACAACUUCGGUGAUUACUUGAAGCACUGGUUGUCUAUGCCGCAGCCUGGUCGCAAAAUGCCCAAGAUAUUCCACGUCAACUGGUUCCGCAAAGACUCUCAGGGUAAAUUCUUAUGGCCCGGAUUCGGCGAGAACUGUCGUGUGCUAGAGUGGGUGCUCCGACGUUGCGACGAUGAACCAUGCCAUAUGGAGACUCCCUUGGGCUUCGUGCCUAAGCCCGGCGAACUUAACAUCGACAACCUUGGCGAUAUCAACAUGAAAGAGCUGUUCAGCAUCCCUAAAGACUUCUGGUUGCAAGAGGCCGAUGCAAUUGAAAAAUACUUCAAGGAAGAAGUUGGAGAGGACUUACCGAACGAAAUGUGGGAAGAAUUGAACACAUUAAGAACAAACAUACAAAACUCAUAG